AUGCAGGGUUCAACUGACUAUACAGAGACUUUGAAUCGGAUGACAAUCACUUCUCUUGCUAUUAUUAUUAAAACACGCGGAAUUACGGAGAUUGAGCAUUUACUCUAUCUUCCAAGUAUGUUGGAGCAAAUAUUGGCUACUAGCCAGCAUGCAUGGUCUGAGAAAACUUUGCGUUAUUUUCCUGCCAUUCUUCGUGAUGCCUUGAUCGGAAGGAUGGAUAAAAGAGGCCUGGCAAUCCAAGCAUGGCAGCAGGCAGAAAGUACUGUGAUGAGCCAAUGUUCUCAGCUACUUUCUCCAUCUGUUGAUCCUCAAUACUUAAUUACAUACAUAAGUCGUAGCUUUCCUCAACACCGUCAAUACCUUUGUGCCGGUGCUUGGGUGCUAAUGCAUCAACAUCCUGAGAGCAUGAAUAGUGCUAAUCUUGGUCGUGUCUUAAGAGAAUUUUCUCCUGAAGAAGUUACCGCAAAUAUCUAUACAAUGGUGGAUGUCCUCCUGCAUCACAUUCACUUGGAACUUCAGCGUGGUCAUUCCCCUCAGGAUCUUUUGCUAAAAGCUUGCUCAAACCUUUCCUUUUUUAUCUGGACCCAUGAGCUACUACCUCUGGACAUCGUACUGUUGGCGCUCAUUGACCGUGAUGAUGAUCCACAUUCUCUGCGUAUUGUGAUUAACUUGCUGGACAGUAAAGAGCUUCAACAAAGGGUGAAAUUGUACAUAAUAAAUCGUGGCCAACCUGAACAUUGGCUUCUCAGUGGGACUUUCAAGCGUGUUGAAUUGCAAAAAUCUCUGGGAAAUCAUCUGUCUUGGAAGGAAAGAUAUCCAACAUUUUUUGAUGAUAUCGCUGCUCGGUUGCUGCCAGUAAUUCCCCAAAUUAUUUAUAGACUCAUUGAAAAUGACGUGAUAGAUGCAGCUGAUAGAGUUCUGCAAGUUUAUAAUCAAUUCUUGCACUAUUAUCCGUUGAAUUUCACGUUCGUACGAGACAUACUUUCAUAUUUUUAUGGUCAUAUUCCUGGAAAGCUCAUCCUCCGGAUAUUGAGUGUACUAGAUGUCAAGAAGAUUCCGUUUUCCGAAUCCUUCCCUCAACAUAUUAAUUCAGCAAAUGCUUCUAUUUGUCCGCCACUGGAGUAUUUCGCUACUUUGUUAUUGGGUCUGGCAAAUAAUGUCAUCCCUCCUCUAAGUAGCUCGUCAAAGCUUGGACCAGCUGGAGAUGCCGCUAAUACUGCUUCCAGGCUAAAUAACAAAGCAACAACCCAAACUGGUCAAAGUAAUCCUUCUGACGGCCAGAAGGCUUUUUAUCAGAUCCAAGACCCUGGAACGUAUACUCAGCUGAUUCUUGAAACCGCGGUGAUAGAGAUACUAUCUCUUCCUGUAUCUGCAUCUCAGGUUGUGUCAUCUCUUGUUCAAAUGGUUGUUCACAUACAGCCAACGCUUGUACAGUCCAGUAAUCCUAGUGGUGCCAGCCAAGGUUCUGGCCUACCAACGUCUCCUUCUGGGGGAAGUACAGACUCAUUUGGUGCGACUAGAACAGCUUCAUCGGCCUCUGGAAUGAAUUCCUCAAAUUUUGUUUGGCGAAGUGGUUAUACAUGCCAGCAAUUGUCUUGUUUAUUGAUACAAGCUUGUGGUCUUCUGCUGGCUCAACUUCCUCCAGAAUUUCAUGUACAAUUAUAUAUAGAAGCAGCACGUGUCAUAAAAGAAUGUUGGUGGCUUACUGAUGGAAAAAGGUCUGCAUGUGAACUUGAAUCUGCUGUUAGUUAUGCUUUAUUAGAUCCAACAUGGGCUGCACAGGAUAACACCUCUACAGCAAUCGGUAAUGUUGUGGCAUUGUUACAUUCGUUCUUUUGUAACCUCCCACAAGAAUGGCUUGAAGGCUCUCACCUAAUUAUCAAGCAUCUCAGACCUGUGACAUCUAUAGCUGUUUUGAGGAUAGUGUUCCGGAUCAUGGGCCCAUUACUUCCAAGAUUGGCCAAUGCCCAUACCCUCUUUGCCAAGACCUUUUCACUGUUGUUGAAUGUAUUGGUGGACGUCUUGGGGAAGAACACACAACCGCCUGCUCCUGUUGAGGCAUCAGAGAUAGUGGAUAUCAUCGACUUCUUACAUCAAAUAAUCCAUUACGAAGGGCAAGGAGGACCGGUUCAAGGCAGUAGCAAGGCUAGACCAGAAAUUUUGGCUCUGUGUGGAAGAGCUGUGGAAAACUUAAGGCCUGAUGUGCAGCACCUCCUUCGACACCUAACCACCGACGUAAAUUAUUCCAUUUAUGCAGCAACUCACCCAAAGCUUGCACAGACUUCUUGA